UAAACCUGGCACCGCUGGCGUCAAAGAAAAAAUGUAAACAAAUAGAAAAGGGCCAAGAAAAUUUCAGCUUGUUUUUUAUUCGAUUUUAAAAUGUGUUGUUGAAUUUCCAAUAGCAAUUUUCUGAUUCAACUAAGCAAAUAUGUUUCCGCACAAUCUGCUGCGCGCUAUGCACCGUGUUCCACUGGUUACUUAUGUAACCCAAAGUCAACAGCUACACACAACGCCGGCAUGCAAUGAAAUCCGGAAGCUGGCUCGGCUCCGUGUUGUUGAUAACAGUGAAAUCGGUAAAAGGGCCAUGGCGGAAGGCAAACCACCAAAAUGCAUACAUGUCUACAACAAACAAAUGGUGGGCAAAAUUGGCGACAAGGUGUUGGUAGCCAUCAAGGGUCAGAAGAAGAAAGCAAUUCUGGUUGGAUGUCGGCAGCGCCAGCAGCCCAAGAUUCCCAAGUUCGACAGCAACAAUAUUGUGCUCAUCGAUGACAACGGCACUCCGCUUGGGACACGUAUUCAUGUUCCUAUUCCGACUCUUCUAAGAACAAUCCUGAAAGAGAAAACUCAGGCGAAGGGUGCAGAUUACACUAAACUGUUGGGAAUUGCCAGUAGAUUUGUCUAACAGAAAAUAUACAAUGUUUAAUUA